AUGGAAAGAGACACUGCAGAUAAGGGGGACUACAGUAAAACAGUUCUCGUGGAAAUAUGUCAGGAAGGACUUUUGCUAUUUGAAGAAGCGGAUUACAAGGAGAGUGACAACAACGUGACAGUGAUAACAAUUCGGGGGUCUGCAUGGGAAUCUACCUCAGGAUCCCAGAGAGGAGGUGGCUCAGCAGAGUGGAAAAAGCAGCUGAGACGGGUCUUUGGAAAUUGCCUGCCUCCCUUUCCACCAAAGUACUACCUCGCGAUGACCACAUCUAUGGCUAAUGAGAGGAGGGACCAGUUGGAACAUUAUUUGCAAAAUGUGACCGUGGACCCAAACAUGUUGAGAAGUGAUGUCUUCGUUGAUUUUUUAAAGCGGGUGCAGCUGGACACGUUCGGCAUCGCCGCCAAGACAGCCUCCCUGGACAUACUUCUGCCCGACGGGAGGAGCAUUGAAGUCGAGAUCCUCACCUCGGACACCGCCGAAAGGGUCCUGGAGGUGGUGUCACACAAACUUGGACUGUGUCGGGAGCUCUUGGGCUACUUCGGCCUCUUUCUCAUUCGGUUUUGCAAGGAGGGCAAGCUCUCUGUCAUGAAAAAAUUAGCGGACUUUGAACUCCCUUAUGUGAGUCUCCGAAGUUCCGAACUGGAAGACUGCAAGGUCGGACUCCGGAAGUGGUACAUGGACCCAUCCCUCGACUCCAUGCUGAUGGACUGCAGAGCAGCAGUGAAUCUGAUCUACAUGCAGGCCAUCCAGGACAUUCAGAGAGGAUGGGCCAAACCCACACAGGCCCAGAGGCAGAAACUAGAGGCUCUCCAGGAAGAAGACAAGCAAACAAAGUUUUUGGAGCUGUCCCGGGAGGUGCGGCACUACGGCUACGUGCAGCUGGACCCUUGUACCUGUGACUACCCGGAACCGGGCUGCGGGGCUGUGCUUUCUGUUGGCAACAACGAGAUCAGCUGCUGCGUCACCCUGCCCGACAGCCAGACCCAGCAGGUCGUCUUCCAGCUGAGCAGAGUGAAGUGCUGGCAGGUCACCUUCCUGGGGACUCUGCUGGAUAUGGAUGGGCCCCAGCGAACCCUCAACCAGAACCUGGAGCUCCGAUUCCAGUACAGCGAGGACAGUCGCUGGCAGUGGUUUGUCCUUUACACCAAACAGGCUUUUUUGCUGAGUAGCUGCUUGAAAAAAAUGAUCUCAGAAAAGAUGGUAAAGCUGGCCGCGGAGAAUCCCGAAAUGCAGAUUGAAGUUCCGGAACAAGGCAGAAGUAGAAAAUACCACAGUCAACAAAGCCAGCAGAAAGACUAUUCUAGUUUUCUACCAAGGACAAGCAAGAUGAAGGUAGCAGAAGGUGACUGUGUUUCGGGGACCACAGAGGAAGAAGGUCUUUGAAGAGAAAGUCUCACUCACUUUUUAAAAUGUCCUCUAAGGCUGUGUUGACAGUGCUUAAGCGUUGAAAAUGAGCUUCCUACCAUCAGUAAAAGAAAUUUGACCCCUUCCUAUUUUUGUGACAUUAAGAUGGACCCUCUUCAUCAAGACGACUUCAGAACUUUGUUAAACUCAAGAUGAAAAAGAAAUGCGAGCCAAAGCUAUCCUG